AUGGCAGUUGGAAGCUGCAGUGGGGAUUCAAUGGCUUCGGUCACCGAGUCUGACUCUAGGAUCUUGAGCUUCCAGAAUUCUUACGUUCCCACCUACAGACCAGUGCAACCCAUCCGAAUACACCAUCUGCUUUGCAUGACAAGGCAGAAACAGCAGUUCCUGGACCAAUCCAGAUUGUACUCCCGCAUCUUCUGCAUCAGCCUGUGUGGAAUUAGCUUCCUCUUAAUGCUUUGUAUCUCUCCUCUCCCCUGGAUACAUUUAGUAGAGCUGAAGAAUAGUUUCCAUGAGCUCCAUGUAGGACUCUGGACAUUAUGCAAUCACACUAUAUGCUGGGACCACACACCCCGCUCGCCCUACAACUUCCAAAUCCCCAGGAUCUUAUAUCUCAUCUCUGCCAUCAUCAGCAUCAUUACUGUCACCUGGCUCUGCAUCUCCAUCUACAAAUCUAUGGAAAGUAUCUAUUUGGAUCUGGGUGCUGCCAUCGCCAUCUUCAUCUCUGGCACCUGCCUCCUCUUCAGUCUCAUUAUGUUCCUGGUACACACUAAACGGAACACUAGGCAUUCAAUGGCGACACAAUAUCUAUGGACCUAUUACCUCACUUGGGGGAGUAACUUCUUCUACCUGCUGGCUGGGCUCAUCUCUUUGUUCAACUAUGUCAGGUCACGAUCUCCUACACGUAGGCCACACCUCACUGUGUUUCCCCUAACAAGAUCGAGAGUGAAUUCUAUGACAUCCAUGGAGCUAGAUAUAUCGGAGACAAAAUCACCAUAUCCUGUAUCAUCUAAGGGUUUGAAGUCAAUGAAAUAUUCGUCAUCAUUAGGAUCAGGUUCAAGACCAAGACUGGGACUAGUGACACUGUCAAGGAAAGGGUCAACAGUAUUUGGAAGAUCAUCAGUAGAUCCAGGCAAAGGAAUUGUCCCAAGGGUGAGGGAAAAAAUGAGUAUGGGAGAAUCCAGCUCCAGUAAAAAUUAG